UUAAGGCAGUUUAAAUCUUACUCAUUAUUUACGUUAAAAUUAAUCCUGAAUGUACCUUUAUUAUGAGGUCUUUCAAUCAAAUCGUUCUAAUAUUUGCUAUUUUAAAUCUGACACCUCAACGCAGUCACGAUUUGCAAAGUCUCCCUUCAGUAACAGAAUUCGUCUUUUGGGCAUUUUUGGGAAACCGAAAAAAAUAGGGAACAAGCUUAAAAUUUGGAAUUUCACCAUCUAUUAACAAAUACUUUAAGCGGUUAUAAAUAUUGCAAACUAAAAAUUUCAGCGCCAAAAAAUUGCGUCCAGCUACACGACUGGCAUUUUCCUUCAAUCACCACUGUGAAUCCCUUUUUGGGCCAAAACAACAUUCUUUUUUGUCAGAAUAUUCUUCAUUGCUCAAGUAAUCUUUAUUAGGUAACAAAACAAGACCAGAAUCUAAAAGCACUUAACUCUUGACUGCCUGGAAUGCGUUGUGAAAGGAUGUUUUAUUUGUUCAUUGUAAAAGUGUGGUGACACUAUUGUUUACUCACGAACUUACUCUCCGAGAGUUAUUUCUCCACACGUAAUCAACGGGCAAGCGCGUGGGAGACGCCCGCCAGACUUAUGUUUUGGUUCUUUUUGUGAGCAGUUGGAAGUGGCCAGCAGCAUGACUCCGUUUUUCGUCGCUAUUUUCUUGCUCGGCCUUUCAUCCCUGGCCACCGCCGCCAACUUCACUCAGGUCUUCCAGUGGGAUGAAUUGGACUACGAGUGGCCUUCAGAUGCGAACAGGAUACGGGUCUUGAGAUAUGGCAAUUUCAGACCGAAGAAUAUUUAUCCUCGUUACAUGGCCGUCUACGGAUCAAGGAUCUUCCUCGCCCUAGAAAAAGAUAUUGGCAUUCCGAUGACUCUGGUGUCUAUUCCGACGAGCAGCGCGUCCCCUGCACCACCGAAGCUCACUCCGUUUCCUUCGUGGGACAUGUAUCUUAAUGAAUUUGGAAACUGCAACAAAAUUGAAGAAGCAAUAGGACUGCAAGUGGACUCGGUUGGAAGACUGUGGGUGCUGGACAGGGGUAGCUACAAUUGCAUAUCCAAAUUAUUGACUAUUGACUUGUCAAACAACGAUCAAACCAAAAUCAUUCAUCGGUUUCCUGAUACCGAACCCUUGAACGACUUGGUGCUCGACGAAACGCCGAGCGACACAUUUGUCUAUAUCCCUCAUUGGUAUGAGCAAUCGAUCGUCGUAUUCAGUUUGGAAAGAAAUACAACUUGGACUGUGAUUAUGCAGAGAAUCCAAUCUUACUCUCUUGCCUUGUCCCCUAAGGGUCAGGAACCGAAACAGCUCUACCUUGGCAACUUCUUCAAUGACCUGCAUUCAAUAUCCGUCACGACCGCACUCCACAGAAUAACUCGCAGACAAUUAUAUUCGAGACAAAUUGGAAAAUGGACUGGAAAACCAUAUAGAAUGGUGAUGGACAACCACGGGACCUUGUAUUCCGCUUUUUUCAACGAAAACUACAUACUUUCUUGGAACACUUCCCAGCCAUUUCUUGCGCAGCGUUUUUAUGAGGUCGCUGGACCGAAUUAUAAUAUUUCUCGGCCGUUUACCAUUGCCUUGGACCAAAUUGGAACUAUUUGGAUCACGGCGAUCGAUACAAAUGAAGGAAAGCCAAGAUACAGGCUUUUGAAGACUUCAGUCGGUGAACCAUCCUUAGAGGAAUCUCCAGUUACGCCCGCCACUCCGACCACCACAACCACAUCCCUAAAGACCAAUGCAACGUCUGGCACCAGCACAGAAAAAUCCAGCCUUCUAAAUUCGACCGCAAAAACAUCUUCGCCGCCUGCUGAGGAAACGGCUGCAACCGCCAUCCUGACGCAAAUGUCGCAAAUAUUGCGCCAAUUUCGGCUUUUGAACUACAUUCUUUUCUUAUUCGUCGUACUUAACGUAAUCCUGUUGACUUUGCUCAUCCUGAGAAAGAAUAAGAACAAUUUCAUUCCACUAAACACCAAGGAGGAAAACAAAAUGACUAUUUUUCAAGACAAGUCGGUCAAGUACCAAAAAUUCCAUAAUAGCGUCAAUUCGUUAUCCCCUUCUCCUGAUCAAGAAGCAGUCGAAAUAUCCCAGAAUUAACUGAAAUUCUUGUCUAGCCCCAGUCAUUUAAUCAAAAUGCAUACUUCCAUAAUUUUUAUAGAUUAUUCGAAUAUUA